AUGACUGAAUAUAAGACACCGAUAGGGACUUCUCCUUAUCGAAUGGUGUUUGGAAAAGCAUGUCACCUUCCAACAGAAUUGGAGCAUCAAGUGUACUGGGCUAUCAAGAAGUUGAAUCUUGAUCCUGAGUUGGCAUGCAUGAAAAGAAUAACACAACUGCACGAGCUAGAGGAAUUCAGCCUAGACGCGUACGAAAAUGCCAAACUAUUGAAGUUGUUCCUUGAAAAACUUUGGUCUAAGUGGAGUGGGCCGUUUGAGGUGGUGAGAAUGACCCAACAUGGAUCUGUGGAGCUAAGACAUAAGGAUAAGAGCUCCACUUUUCUUGUAAAUGGGAAAAGAGUGAAACACUACUUCGGGAAUGACAUUGAUCGUGAGCAAGAAUUGCUCAACUUAAAUGACGAGUGA